AAAAAGAGAGGAAGAAGAGCAUAUAGGAACUGUAGUGGUGGUGACGGUGGUGGUGGUGGUGGCAGCAGCAGUGAUAGUUCAGCAAUCCUACACAAGAUAUUCCAGAUGUUUGUGAACCAUGCAGGACCGAAAUGGAAACCAGUACGUUGAGCGAAGUGUGAUCGCAGUGAUUGGUACAGGUGAUUUAGGCUGUGCACUCGCCCGCCGCCUCACUUGCAGUGGUUAUGCCGUAAUCUUGGGAAGCCGAUGUCCUUCACGGCGGAAGUUCAACGGAUCACGUCCAGUCCCAGACGUCGUCCAGUUCACCAGUGUUGAGAAAUGCCUCGAAAACAGCGAUGUGCGCGUCUUCUUCCUUGCGCUCCAGUUCCGUCACAUGAUCUCCCUUCUUACUCCUUAUAAGGAUCUGCUCAGUGGCAAAGUUCUUGUCGACGUGUCAAAUCGAUCCCAGAAACCAAAUGGCGAUCAGCCAUCAAAUGCUGAAAAAUUAGCUGAACAGUUUCCGAAUGCACAUAUUGUGAAAGGACUCAAUACCCUGGCGCCAGAUGUACUAGAAGGGCUUUCAUCAGAUGCCACAUCACGCACAACUGUAUAUUUAGCAGGCAAUGAUAUCAACGCUGUCAACAAGGUCGGUAGGGUUGUCCGACACAUGGGCUUUAGUCCGAUAUGUCGCGGUGACCUGACUACCGCACGCGACAUCGAGGCCCUCCCUCACAUGUUCAUGAAAGGCUGGGGUGUCCCGGCAUGCAUUACGUGUUGUGUGGUUCUUGUUUGGUUCUCGGUUCUUGUUUACAAUGAGGUCCGCAAACAGCGAGCGUCUUCAAGACAGGUCUACCAUUGGCAGAAAAUUCCUCUCAAUCUUCUGAAUGUUUUACUGGCGUUGUCCGCUAUUAGUCUUCUUGCGCUUACGUAUUUUGCGGGCUGCCUAGCUGCACUUGUCCAGUUGUGUUAUGGAACCAAAUACAAGCGUUUUCCACCCUGGUUGGACGAGUGGCUUAAAUCGAGGAAGGUUCUUGGCCUCACUGCUCUCCUCUUUGCGUUCUGGCAUGUAGUUAUCUCAUUGAUUUUGGUGGCACCGUCAACAAUGCCAUUCCUAUAUUUCACUCAAGCAAGCAGCAGUAGUAGUAGUAGCAGCAGUAGCAGCAGCACAGCAGCAGCAGCAGCAGUAGCAGCUACCAUAGCAACAUCAACGACAACAAUGUUCAUAGUAGCAAUCAGUACUACACCUACUAUAGCAACAACAACUACUACACCCAUGAAUAUCGAAAACAGUAACCACAGCCCCAGCAGCAGCAAUAAGAGAAACAACACCAACAACAACAACAACAACCACCACAAAAAUGAUAACAGCAACAACAACAAAAACAACACCGAUUACAACGAAAAUAGCAACAAUAGACACCACCUCAAACAAAAGCCACAACAAUCGUUAACAUUAUACAGCAGUGUUGGGCUUAGUAUUGGUAUAUUGUCGUUCUUAACAUUAUCAGUGAUCGGAAUAGUGACGUUACCAUCUGUGGGGUCACGCCUCAACUGGCGCGAGUGGCGUUUCUUCCAGAGUAACUUGGGGUACGCCACGCUCUUUCUUGCAGCAGCCCAUGUGACACUGCUUUUCUUGCCCUACUGGCAAGCCCUCGGUAUGAACUUCUAUGCGGAGAAGUCCUUCAUUUGUUGUCUGACACCUUUUUUUGUCAUCUUUCUCAAACUUAUCCUCGUUCUGCCGCCGAUUCAUCGACGCAUCGAUGCUAUACGUGGUGGGUGGGUGAGGAAGAAAAACCCGCCUAAGGUCACCUUGGAAGAAAUGGAAUUGCUUUAAGAGAGAAGUAUUGAAAUUUGAUUUGUGCCACCAAACAUGUAUCCAUACACACACACAUACAUACAUAGAUACAUACAUACAUACAUACAUACAUACAUACAUACAUACAUAUAUACAUA